AUGUCCGACGUCGAGGAGGAGGUGGUCUCGAAGGGCCUGAAGAUCGUCCUGAUCGGCGAUUCCGGAUCCGGCAAAACGAGCAUCGCGCAGAAGUUCUGCCACAACGAGUUCACCAGGCAGUACACGCCGACGUCCGGGAUCGACUUUUUCUUGAAGAAUCUGAGCAUAGGCUACUACAGGAACGUGAAUCUGCAUCUGUGGGACGUGGGCGGCCUGGCGCUUCAUGGGAACAUGCUCGAUAAAUACGUCUUCGGUGCUCACAUCAUUCUACUGGUUUACGAUAUAACGAACACAUUCAGCUUCGAGAUUCUAGAGGAUUGGAUCGAGAAGAUCAGGAAAAUGAACGACAGCUUCGAAGAAACACCACUGAUGGCUAUGGUGGGCAACAAGUGCGACAUGGAGCACCAGAGAUCGGUGAAAAGAGAUCGGAGCCAUAAAUUCGCGGCUGACAAUGGAUUUCCGUCGCACGAUGUGUCCGCCAGGACCGGAGAAGCGGUGUCUUUGUGCAUAGUGAAUUUGGCAGCGCAGAUUCUUGGCGUGCGACUGACGAAAACCGACCAGGACUACUAUAAACCCAUAAUCAUAGCGGAGAUAGGCGACACGGUCGACAUGCACACCAUCCAGAAGGUGGUGAAGAGGAUCCCGACGAAGAAGCAAAGCCACAUACCCUUCCAUCCCCAUCUGUCGAAGUCGACGGUGUGCGUGUUGCAAUGA